GCCCCUCGCUCGGCCCAACAUGGCCGCCCCGGCACGGCCCGCCUCAGCUCGCCGCCCGCCCGGGCCGCCCGCCCGUCGCCGGCGGUAGAGAGCCGCUGUGCCGGCAGGCGGCCGCCCCCGCGGGGAGGCGGAGGGAGCCGCCGGGGGCUCCAUGAGGGCUGGCGGCGGCCGCGGGCCGGGCCUGCCCAGGCGGCUGACUCCUCCCUUGGGGAAGGAGGGUGCGCUGGGGCCGCCCCCGCCGCCGCCCGCCGGGGCCGCCGCCGUGUGACUGGGAGCGCAGCCCCGAGCGGCUGCGGGGCGCCGGGCCUGAACCGGCGGGCGUCGGCACCCUGCCCCCGCGGGACGGGGCCUCCCGGGCCCGGCCCGGCCCGCCGCCGGCCGCCGCGAUGUUCUCCCUCAGGCAGCCCAAACCCACCUUCAAGUCCUACCUUCUGCCGCAGGCUGAAGACCAUAUAGCGUCAGAACCAAGGAUUAAAAAACUGGAACCGGUACUUUUGCCAGGUGAAAUUGUGGUCAAUGAAGUAAAUUUUGUAAGAAAAUGCAUGGCAACAGAUACAAGUCAAUAUGACCUGUGGGGCAAACUGGUUUGCACUAACUUCAAGAUUUCCUUUAUUACGGAUGACCCAAUGCCACUACAGAAAUUCCAUUACAAAAACCUCCUCCUUGGUGAGCAUGAUGUCCCGCUAACAUGCAUUGAGCAGAUAGUCACAGUGAAUGACACCAAGAGGAAGCAGAAGGUCCUUGGUCCCAACCAAAAGCUUAAAUUUAAUCCAACUGAAUUAAUAAUUUAUUGCAAAGACUUCCGUAUUGUCAGAUUUCGUUUUGAUGAAGCAGGUCCUGAAAGUGCAAAAAAGGUGUGCCUUGCAAUAGCUCAUUACUCUCAGCCAACGGAUCUUCAGCUUCUCUUUGCAUUUGAGUAUGUUGGGGAGAUAUAUCAUAAUCCAGCAAAGAAGGUGAAUGGAAUAGACCCAGGAGGUGGUGGUGGUGGCAUCGGCAGUGCCAGUGGUCAGCAGACACCUUUGUUCGAAACUUACUCUGAUUGGGAUAGAGAAAUCAAAAGGACAGGUGCCUCAGAGUGGAGAGUUUGUUCAGUCAAUGAAGGUUAUAUGAUAUCUACUUGCCUUCCAGAAUAUUUUGUGGUUCCAUCUUCCUUAGCAGAUCAAGACCUUAAGCUGUACUCCUACUCAUUCAUUGGGAGACGCAUGCCAUUAUGGUCCUGGAAUCAUCCUAACGGGAGUGCCCUUGUAAGAAUGGCCAAUAUUAAAGAUGUAUUGCAACAAAGAAGAAUUGAUCAGAGGAUUUGCAAUGCAAUAACUCGAAGCCAUCCCCUGAGAAGUGAUGUUUACAAAUCUGAUCUGGACAAGUGUCUCCCCAACAUCCAGGAGAUCCAGGCUGCACAUAUCAAACUCAAACAGCUGUGUGUUAAUGAGCCUUUUGAGGAAACUGAAGAGAAGUGGCUGUCCUCACUGGAAAAUACUCACUGGUUAGAGUACGUAAGAUCAUUUCUUAAGCAUUCUGCUGAGCUUGUCUAUAUGAUGGAGUGUAAGCAUGUUUCUGUAGUUCUACAAGAGGAAGAGGGACGGGACCUGAGCUGUCUUGCUGCUUCUCUCAUUCAAGUCAUGCUGGAUCCCUAUUUUCGAACAAUUGUUGGAUUUCAAAGCUUAAUACAGAAGGAAUGGGUCAUGGCAGGAUAUCAGUUUUUAGACAGGUGUAACCACUUAAAGAGAUCCGACAAAGAGUCUCCCUUGUUCUUGAUGUUUCUUGACUGUGUUUGGCAGCUGCUAGAACAAUACCCAGCAGCCUUUGAGUUUUCUGAAGUGUACUUGACCAUCUUGUACGACAGUGCACGCAUCUCACUCUUUGGCACUUUCCUUUUCAAUUGUCCUCACCAGCGAGUAAAGGAAAGCACUGAAUUUGCCAUAAGCAAAAAUAUUCAGCUGGGUGAUGAGAAAGGCCUCAAAUUCCCUUGUGUUUGGGACUGGGCUCUUCAGUUCACGAGCAGGGAUCGCCUGCUCUUCCACAACCCCUUGUACAUCGGCAAGAGUGCACCAUGUGUACAAAACGGAGCAGUGAAGACUUUCAAACGCUCAAAGAAAAACUACAGCUCCACACUGCGAGGUAUGCCCCCAGCCUUAAAAAACGGAGUCAUCAGUGAGCAAGAGUUCCUUCCGAGAAGAAACUCUCUGAUACUAAAACUGAAACCGGACUUUUUACAGCAAACGGAGAGUCAGAGUAACAGCAUGGAGCAGUACUUCAGGGACUGGUUUGCAAAGCCUGCUGAUCUGCACGGCGUGAUUCUACCCCGCGUCUCUGGAAUGCAGAUAAAACUGUGGAAACUGUGCUACUUCCGCUGGGUCCCCGAAGCCCAGAUUAAUCACGGUGGCUUCAUCACGGCUUUCCAUAAAGUUUCUUUGCUGGCAGAUGAAGUAGACAUGUUAAACAGGAAUCUUCGGCAGUACAAGAGCAACUCUUCUCUGCAAGGCAGCUGCUCGGAACUGGAUCAAAGCAGGAUGUACUUCAGAGCAAACAGUUUAAAUGACACCUCUGGGGUCCCAGACUUUCUCUCCUCCUCAUUCCCAUUUUCUCCUGUAGGAAACCUAUGCAGACGGAGCAUUCUGGGAACACCUUUAAGCAAAUUUCUAAGUGGUGCCAAGAUCUGGCUAUCCACCGAGACACUUGCAAACGAAGACUAAGAUGAUGCGAUGGUUUGAAGGUUUGGGGAAAUUACAGCAUAUCAUUUUGUCUUUCUAAGUUAACACUGCUAAAUGCGGCAUUGAAAGCUGUAAUAAUUUUUAUAUACAAACAUUAUGUAAGUUUUGCACAAAUAUUUAAAAGCAGAGCAAGUCAUGCUUCAAAUCGCACAAUUUUGUCUUCAGUAGUUCUCAUCUGCUAGGGCUUCUGGUCCCUAACACCUCUGUUUUUGUGGUUUGGCUCAUUAUAUGCGAUGGAGCAUUUCAGUAGCGAAUUGAAAGGCUUGGUGUGCUUGUUGGUGAGGGCUCUGCUUGAAAUAAUUCCUUUUUUCCCAGGUAGUGACUGAAGUGACUCCUGUGUCAAAACAGCUUGGCAGAUCAGCGUGGUUAGGGGCAGUGGGCACAGGCUGACAGCCGAGACCUGGGGACAAACCGUUCUCUCAGACUGCCUCUUCAGGAACAAUACUGAUUUGCAUACUUACAUACAUAACAUACUCAUGUUCUGUGACUCGGUCACCCUACGUAUGUGUUCACGCAGUGUGUAUCCAUGGGGAAGGGUCCUUCCCUUUUCUGUCUCUCCCCAAAAUCUAUUCAUUCACAAUUAGCCAGAUUUGUGCUCUUUCUCAUGAGCUUGACUUCAUAGGCUAUAGGAAUCAACUUCAGGACAAUGCACUGUUAACCUUAAAACAUUUACUGUAGAUACGGUGUUGUAGUGGCUUUAGAAGUGCCUUUAACUGGGAGGAAGCAGUAGCAAGAUUACUCUAAUGCAGCUGACACCCGCCCCCUCCUUACGGCAGACUGGUAGGGUAAGGUCUUGUUCCAGCUCCUGCCUCCCCCUCUCCAUUCCUGGAAAUAACAGGGCCAGCUCCAGAGACAGCAGGUUUUUUUCUCCUCUUUAAGGAGAAGCUCGUUGGAGGUGCCUUCUUUUUACAUACGUGCAUGUCUAUACAGGCAGUGCCCGAGGGAAUGAAAUCCAGCAGCUUCCCCUUGGCUCUAAAACCUCUUAAAUCUCCCUCCCCUGGAUGCUGUGCAAGAAGCCUCAGGUGUCACAGGGAGGAGAGCAAGGGAGCGGAGUCUACGCGGAGAGUGAAGGAACAGCAAGGUGUCAUCCUCACGGGGGAAGGCUGGCUCUUCACAGCGAGGCUGUAUUUUAUAUUUACCGAUUUCUGUGUAAAACACCAAUGCUAUUGAACCGAUCCAGGUGUUGACUCACAAGUUAAGGCACCAGAGGCUUUGUGCGAUACUCCAAAAGCUGUUAUCGGGGGACGGGGGGAAGCAGCCUUGCGAUGGUAACACACAGGGUGGUGGAGUUGAAAGGCGGGGAGGGACAGGGGCUGGAGCUUGUCGGUUGUUUGUAAAGCCAAGCUGGCCUUCAGCACAGCCUAAAACCCACGAAAACGUGGGGUUCAGAUGUCUUAAGAGUGCUUGUGUAAUUUAUUGUAGAGAAUAUGCACCUGGAGUGGCCUUACAGGUGCGAGCUGUGUGCGCCCCCCCGGCUGGCAGGGCUGUGACCCACAAGGCUGCUGGGGCGCGGGGUGCUGCCCCCCCGGUGCUGGGCUGGGGGGUUCGUGGUGAGCUGAUGGGAGGGGGGGUAGGCUUAACUGUUUUUAACUAACCAAACCCCCAAACCCCUGUUUUUUUAUGCAAAGAAGCUGAGUGUGUGUGUGUGUGUGUGUGCAUACGUGUGUGUCUGCGUGCAGACGCGCACACGCGUGUUGUGACGUGACGCCAGAUCGGGUCUGGCCAACUGUUUGUGAGGAAAAAACGUGUGUUCACCUCAAUUGCCUAAUUAUGCUGCAAGGUGGUCUGAGCAUGUUAAAUGGUCCACAAACUAGUUGUGUUUAUUUACAAGCUUUGCUGGAGCAGUCAUCUAACUUGUUCAAUUCAUUAUUCAAAUGUUUGUAUUAGUUUGCUUUUGUGAUUUUUUUUAUUUUUUUUUCCCCCAUUAGCUUACUGCUUUCCUUGGCCUGAUACUUGACAUAAAAGACCUCAACCUGUGUGCUUAGUGUCUUUUGGUACCGAUUUUUUAUCUUUUCAAAAUCAGUUAAAACUAUGGUGUCUUUUUUUUUUCCUUCUUUUUUCCUUAGAAAUAUAACUUUAUUGGUUUAAAGGUACCAAAAACAUGUAAAUAAAUUACUCCACACAAGCAGCUGGUGGAAUAAUAAUAAUAAAAAAAAAGUUAAUGUUUAGGCUAGUACCCUUUGGGGGGGGGGAGGGGAAUGGGUACUAUAUUUAAACAGGACUGUCUUUUAUAAGGAGAUUUCAGACAUUUUUACAUUUCAGCUCUAAGAUGUAUACAGAUGCUGCAGAUGGUCUUUGUACUUUAUAUAUAUAGCAUGGGAGGGGGUUAAAAAUAAUAUGCCUUUAUAAUAAACAAAACCUGUCUAAAUAUCUAUUUGCCAAACAGACUUAAAAAGAGAUGUUGCGCAGUUGCGAGGGGGAGCUGGGCAGGCAGGGGCUGGGAUGGUGACAGCCAGCACCUCCUGCGUGCAGGGCGGCGAGCCGGGCCCCCCCCCCAGCCUGGCCUUCGGAGCAGGCUGGUCCGCCGCGCUGGGGCUGUGUACGGUGUUUCUUCCUCUUAAGUUCAACAUCUUUUGACUUUGUAAUUUACUUUUGAAAGACAGGUACUAAACGUUAAUUCUCCACUCUGCACAGUUGCCUUACCGGUGGUCAGCAGGGACUGCUCCAAACGUCUUUAAUAACUUUCAAAAGCAAUUUUGGGGUGUGAGUACCUAUCUUUACCUUCUCUGUACAGAAUACUGACAUACAGGUGUGUAUAUAUAUAUAUAUAUAUAUAUGUACACAUUUCUGCUCACCAUUUAAAACGAGAUACUGUUAAUGCCAUUUUGGUGUUGCAAGAGUAAAAAAAAACUACCAUGAAACUUAUCUUUUUUUGUCUGUUUCUAGAAAACGUGCACUAUUUUGGCUGUUACUGGCUGUUAAAUCAUGAUUUUUGUACUACACUGUAAACCAUGCGGAGGGAAAUAGGAAACGCUGGUUGAUAGGGUUAAAGCGUUCCUCCAGUGUCGUUAAUUACUGCGAGGCAGAGCUUACUGUAGACUUGGUGAUCAUGGCAGUACUUCAUUCCCCACUUACUGCCACGGAUCAAAGACGUUUCUUUCAUUCCAGAAGUGCGUUGAGAAGUGUGUGUUGGUGUGUAUACCCAGGCCUGCACAUGUGUCUCACGUGCACCUGCCUGCAAUACCACUUUGAUAUUAACUGCCUUGUAUUUUUAAUGAAAAUGUAGCAAGUGGGGCAAAGGUUUUGGCUUACUCUCAGAUGGAAAGACAUUAAAACCAAAAAAAAUUUCUAACGUGUACUUAAGCAAAGGAUGAAAUCUUAAAUUUGCCUCUAAAGUAAGAGAGAGAAAUCUGUACCUCAAAUUGCUGUAGGCAGGUGGUUCCUAAUGCUGUUGCUGUGAUGGUUUAGAGUUUGCUAUUUCAACUGAAACUAAAACCUUUGUGCCUGAUAAUGAUUUAUUGAGUAAAGUAGCAGUGCCAGGAAGAUUAUAAAAUCCUGAUGCUGAGUUGUGAAUGUGAAGUAAAUUAGACUAAAUAAAAGUUCAUACCUUUCCACAGCGAA